CCCGCCGCGCUCUGCCCGGGGACCGGCGGCCGCGGCCGAGCCAUCCGGCAGCAUGUGGAGUCCCACCGAGGAGGAGAAAUACGGCGUGGUGAUAUGCAGCUUCCGAGGAACUGUUCCGCAGGGCUUGGUCCUGGAACUAGGUGAAACUGUCCAGAUCCUGGAAAAAUGUGAAGGUUGGUACAGAGGUGUUUCCAUUAAGAAGCCAAGUGUCAAGGGAAUUUUUCCUGCGAAUUACAUUCACUUAAAAAAGGCAAUUGUCAGUAACAGAGGGCAAUAUGAAACAGUUGUUCCUCUUGAAGAUUCAGUGGUGACUGAAGUCACAGCGACGCUGCAGGAAUGGGCCGUGCUCUGGAAACAGCUGUAUGUGAAGCAUAAGGUCGAUCUUUUCUACAAGCUGCGGCACGUGAUGAACGAGCUCAUUGACCUCCGCAGGCAGCUGCUCUCGGGCCACCUGACCCAGGAUCAGGUGCGAGAGGUCAAGAGACACCUCACAGUGAGGCUGGACUGGGGCAAUGAACAUUUGGGCCUUGACUUAGUUCCACGGAAGGACUUUGAGGUUGUGGAUUCAGAUCAGAUCAGUGUGUCAGACCUUUAUAAAAUGCAUUUGUCAAGUAGACACAGUGUCCAGCAGAGCACAUCACAGGUGGACACCAUCCGUCAGCGGCACGGGGAAGCCUGCCGGAUGCCAGUGCCUCAUCACUUCUUCCUCAGCCUGAAGAGCUUCACCUACAACACCAUUGGAGAGGACACUGAUGUGUUUUUUUCCUUGUACGAUGUCCGGGAAGGCAAACAGAUCAGUGAGAGGUUCAUGGUGAGGUUAAACAAGAACGGAGGCCCCAGGAACCCGGAGAAGAUCGAUCGAAUGUGUGCGCUUUUCACAGAUCUCAGCAGCAAGGACAUGAAGAGGGAUUUGUACAUAGUUGCCCAUGUAAUCCGAAUAGGCCGCAUGUUGCUCAAUGACUCCAAGAAAGGGCCCCCCCACCUGCACUACCGGCGCCCCUACGGCUGCGCCGUGCUCAGCAUCAUGGACGUGCUCCAGUCCCUCUCAGAAAUCAAGGAGGAAAAGGACUUUGUGCUCAAAGUUUACACGUGUACCAAUGAGAACGAAUGGUGCCAGAUCCAUGAAAACAUCAUCCGCAAGUCCAGCACCAAGUACACAGCCCCCAGCUCCAACUAUGGACUUAUAAUAUCUCUUCAGCUUCUUCGUGGUGACAUGGAGCAGAUCCGAAGGGAAAACCCCAUGAUCUUUAACAGAGGUGUUUCUGUCACCAGGAAGCUGGGAUUUCCUGAUGUUAUAAUGCCAGGUGACAUCAGGAAUGACCUGUACCUGACCCUGGAGAAGGGGGACUUUGAGAGGGGUGGCAAAAGUGUGCAGAAGAACAUCGAGGUGACCAUGUACGUGCUCUAUGCUGAUGGAGAAAUCCUGAAGGACUGCAUCAGCCUGGGCUCGGGCGAGCCGAGCCGCAGCGCGUACCACUCCUUCGUGCUGUACCACAACAACAGCCCGCGCUGGGGCGAGAUCAUCAAACUGCCCAUCCCCAUCGACCGCUUCCGCGGCUCCCACCUGCGCUUCGAGUUCCGCCACUGCUCCACAAAAGACAAGGGAGAAAAGAAACUCUUUGGUUUUGCAUUCACCCCAUUGAUGAGAGAUGAUGGCACGACCUUGUCAGAUGAUAUCCAUGAGCUUUAUGUUUAUAAGUGUGAUGAGAACAGCACGUUCAACAACCACGCGCUCUACCUGGGGCUGCCCUGCUGCAAGGAGGAUUACAACGGCUGCCCCAACAUCCCCUCCAGCCUCAUCUUCCAGCGCAGCACCAAAGAGACCUUCUCAGUCUCCACACAGCUCUCUUCUACCAAACUGACCCAGAAUGUGGAUCUGCUUGCCCUGCUCAAAUGGAAAGCUUACCCAGACCGAGUGAUGGAUAUUCUGGGAAGAUUGAGACAUGUCAGUGGCGAGGAGAUUGUAAAGUUCCUACAAGAUAUUCUGGACACGUUGUUUGUAGUUUUGGAUGACAACACAGAGAAGUAUGGUCUGUUGGUCUUUCAGUCUCUGGUGUUCAUCAUCAACCUGCUCCGUGACAGCAAGUACUUCCACUUCCGCCCCGUGAUGGACACCUACAUCCAGAAGCACUUUGCAGGAGCUCUGGCUUACAAGGAGCUGAUCCGCUGUCUGAAGUGGUACAUGGACCGCUCGGCCGAGCUCGUGCGCCAGGACCACAUCCAGGAGGCAAUGAGGGCCUUGGAAUAUCUUUUCAAGUUCAUUGUCCAAUCUCGGAUCCUUUACUCCAGAGCUACUUGUGGAAUGGAGGAGGAGCAGUUCCGCUCCAGCAUCCAGGAGCUUUUCCAGUCCAUCAGAUUUGUGCUCAGCUUGGACAGCAGGAGCUCUGAGACUCUCAUCUUCACACAGGCUGCCCUGCUGAACUCGUUCCCCGCCAUCUUUGACGAGCUGCUGCAGAUGUUCACGGUGCAGGAGGUGGCGGAGUUCGUGCGGGGCACGCUGGGCAGCAUGCCCAGCACGGUGCACAUCGGCCAGUCCAUGGACGUGGUCAAGCUCCAGUCCAUCGCCCGCACGGUCGACAGCCGCCUCUUCUCCUUCUCAGAGUCCCGGCGCAUCCUGCUGCCUGUGGUCCUUCACCACAUUCACCUUCACCUACGACAGCAGAAGGAGCUGCUUAUCUGCUCUGGGAUCCUCAGUAGUAUCUUCUCCAUAAUCAAGACCAGUUCUUUGGAGGGAGAUGUCGUGGAGGAGGUUGAGAUGAUGGUGGAGAGCCUCCUGGACGUGCUGUUACAAACUCUGCUCACAAUCAUGAGUAAAUCGCAGUCUCAGGAGGCGGUAAGAGGGCAGCGCUGCCCGCAGUGCACAGCAGAAAUCACUGGAGAAUAUGUCUCCUGCCUUUUAUCUUUGCUUCGUCAGAUGUCAGACACUCACUUCCAGCACUUACUGGACAACUUCCAAAGCAAGGAUGAGCUGAAGGAGUUCCUCCUGAAGAUUUUCUGUGUGUUUCGGAACCUGAUGAAGAUGAGUGUCUUUCCUCGAGACUGGAUGGUCAUGAGGUUGCUCACCAGCAAUAUCAUAGUUACAACAGUUCAAUACUUGUCUUCUGCCCUGCAUAAGAAUUUCACAGAAACGGACUUCGAUUUUAAAGUGUGGAACUCUUAUUUCAGCCUGGCAGUUUUGUUUAUAAACCAGCCAAGUCUCCAACUAGAAAAUGCCACACCACCUAAGAGGAAGAAGAUUCUGGAUAAGUAUGGUGAUAUGAGAGUGAUGAUGGCCUAUGAGCUCUUCAGCAUGUGGCAGAACCUGGGUGAGCACAAGAUUCACUUUAUUCCGGGAAUGAUUGGCCCCUUUCUGGGUGUUACCCUCGUUCCACAACCAGAAGUCCGGAAUAUCAUGAUCCCCAUCUUCCAUGACAUGAUGGACUGGGAGCAGAGGAAGAAUGGCAACUUCAAACAGGUGGAGGCCGAGCUGAUCGAUAAGCUGGACAGCCUGGUGUCUGAAGGAAAAGGUGAUGAGAACUACAGGGAACUCUUCAGCCUGCUAACCCAACUCUUUGGGCCUUAUCCCAGUUUGCUGGAGAAGAUUGAGCAGGAGACUUGGCGGGAGACUGGGAUCUCCUUUGUCACAUCUGUCACUCGGCUCAUGGAGCGUCUGCUCGACUACAGGGACUGUAUGAAAGGAGAUGAAACAGAAAAUAAGAAGAUUGGCUGCACUGUUAACCUAAUGAAUUUCUACAAAUCUGAAAUUAACAAGGAGGAGAUGUACAUCCGCUACAUCCACAAGCUGUGUGACAUGCACCUGCAGGCUGAGAACUACACAGAGGCUGCAUUCACUCUGCUUUUGUACUGUGAGUUGCUUCAGUGGGAGGACAGACCUCUGAGAGAGUUCCUGCAUUACCCAUCUCAGUCAGAGUGGCAACGUAAGGAAGGUCUGUGCCGUAAGAUUAUCCAUUACUUCAACAAAGGGAAGAGCUGGGAGUUCGGCAUCCCGCUGUGCCGAGAGCUGGCCAUCCAGUACGAGAGCCUCUACGACUACCAGAGCCUCAGCUGGAUCCGGAAAAUGGAAGCUACCUAUUAUGAUAAUAUCAUGGAACAGCAGCGCUUAGAACCGGAGUUUUUCAGAGUUGGUUUUUAUGGUCGAAAAUUCCCAUUUUUCCUGCGGAACAAAGAAUACGUGUGUCGGGGCCACGACUAUGAGAGGCUGGAAGCCUUCCAGCAGAGGAUGCUGAGCGAGUUCCCCCAGGCCAUCGCCAUGCAGCACCCAAACCACCCCGACGACUCCAUAUUGCAGUGUGAUGCCCAGUAUUUGCAGAUCUAUGCAGUGACUCCCAUCCCAGACAAUAUAGACGUGCUGCAAAUGGACCGUGUCCCCGAUCGCAUCAAGAGCUUUUACCGCGUCAACAACAUCCGCAAGUUCCGCUACGACAGACCCUUCCACAAGGGCCCCAAGGACAAGGAGAACGAGUUUAAGAGCUUGUGGAUUGAACGCACCACUCUGACCCUGACUCACAGUUUGCCUGGGAUCUCUCGCUGGUUUGAAGUGGAGAGAAGAGAACUGGUUGAAGUAAGUCCUUUGGAAAAUGCCAUUCAAGUGGUUGAGAACAAAAACCAGGAGCUGAGGACACUGAUAAGCCAGUACCAGCAUAAACAAAUGCAUGGCAACAUUAAUCUUCUCAGCAUGUGUCUGAACGGAGUGAUUGAUGCCGCCGUUAACGGGGGAAUUGCGCGGUACCAGGAGGCCUUUUUUGAUAAGGAUUAUAUCACAAAGCACCCCGGAGACGCAGAGAAGAUCACCCAGCUCAAGGAACUCAUGCAGGAACAGGUCCAUGUCCUAGGAGUGGGUCUGGCAGUCCAUGAGAAAUUUGUACACCCCGAAAUGCGUCCCCUGCAUAAGAAACUGAUAGAUCAGUUCCAGAUGAUGCGAUCCAGUCUGUACCAUGAGCUGCCUGGUUUGGAUAAGCUGAGCCCGGCCUGUUCUGGCUCCAGCACCCCCCGCAGCAACGUGCUGGUGUCACACGGCCCCAUGAGCCCAGAGAGCAUCAAGCUGGUGCACAGACACAGCCCACUGAACAUGCUUGGUUCAGUCCGACACUCCUCAUCCUCUCUGUCGUCACACACCUCCAGUGAAACAGGAAACCUGGUUAUCCUGACAGACAGCUCUGUGGGGGAGACUGCUGAGGAUAUGUACCACAUGCAGGCUAGUCCUUCCACCUCCAGCCUGAGCUCCACUCACUCGGCCCCAUCGCAGAUGAUUAACUCUGCCCCUUCCAGUGCUCGAGCGCUGGUGAAAGGUGCUGGAUUGACACCCCUGGAGGCUGAAGCCCUCUAUUUCCCCACAGAGCAGAUACAGCAUGGGCGGCAGCUGUGCAAGUUCCCCCACGCUGCCCCCCCCCAUGUGCCUCAUCUCUGUCCUGGAGGGACCACCUCUAGAGGCUCUCCCUCUCUACCAGAUAAGUACCGCCACUCCCGGGAGAUGAUGAUGCUGCUGCCAGCGCACCGGGACCGACCGAGCAGCGCCAUGUACCCCGCAGCCAUCAUGGAAAACGGACAGCCUCCAAACUUCCAGCGCGCCUUGAUCCAGCAGAUGAUUGGACCGUGCAAACCUUGCAGUGACCCCAACCUGUCAGUGGCUGAGAAAGGCCACUACUCACUGCACUUUGAUGCCUUCCACCACCAGCUCAGUGAUGCUCCUCCGGCACUGCCCGCACGAACGUUGCGCAAGUCUCCUCUUCAUCCUAUCCCUGCAUCGCCCACCAGUCCGCAGUCUGGGCUAGAUGGCAGUAACUCCACUUUAUCGGGCAGUGCCAGCAGUGGUGUCUCUUCCUUGAGCGAGAGCAAUUUUGGACAUUCUUCUGAACCACCUCCUCGCACAGACACCAUGGAUUCCGUGCCCAGCCAGGCCUGGAACACUGACGAAGAUCUAGAGACACCCUACCUCCCUGUCAGGUACAGUCUCUCUGAGCCUGAUGUCCUGGAGUCGCUCAAAUCCCAGCCAUGCCGAAGCCACUCUGCUCCAACUGGAGUCAUUCCUCAGGACACCAUGGACCCUCCUGCUUUACCCCCCAAACCUUACCACUCCCGGCUGCCAAACAUGGAGAACGAGGAGGGGAUGAUGAUUGAAGAUGAUGACAAACACCGCCCGUUGCAUCGUAAGGUGUCCCAACCGGUGAGUGCUGGAAAGGAAGAGCAGGCCAGGGUGGCGUGGGAGCAUGGCAUCAGCGAGCAGUAGGGACAGCUCCUGGCACGCAGCUGGCAUUGGCAUUCCAGGUCUGGCUACGACAGAGAGCGAGCGGGACUCGGAGAACAGCAAACCGAUUUUCUACUGCCGCAAGGUUGUGUCUGAAGCCCACAAAAGCGAUUGGGCCAGCAUGGCAGGUUGCUGCUUUCCUUUUUAAUUUCUUUUUACGCCUUUCCGUUAUGUUUUUUAACUUUCUGUGCAGUGGACAGUUUAUUCCUUCUGCAGUUUCUUAACCACAUCACACGGCAUAUGAGCCAUAGAGACUUGCAGAAGCUGAAAAAUACAAUUUUAAGUGGAGGGGAAAACGGGGGGAAUGUGGCAAGUUGAUUUUGAACCUGCUUUCCUCCCAGUUCUGAGACGCACAUGAGUAGAAGCAGUUGCACUAGGGACACAUUUCUUUGCUGUACAGAAUUGAAAGCUCAUUGCUGAAAUCAGGGAUUCUAUGAACUGUCAGGCUGGAAGGUGCAUGAGCUGCAGGCAGUGGAAAGAUGGCAAUUCUAAGAAGAAAUUGGCUCUUUUGAGAGCAGGAUUGUACAUAUCUGUGCAGUGAUCUCCCUGCAUUCGUUCAUAGGUGCUGAGGCAAUCUAAAGCAGUGCUGAUGCACUGAUCUCCAAGAUAUCAUUUCCAACAAACUCUGCCUCCUUUGUUUUUUAUGUACUGUUUCAUUUCUUAAAUUUUGCUUUCACUGGCUAAGCCAACCUGCUUUCUCAUGGGAAUCGUGUUAUUCAUCUGUGCUACAGAAUGAGAGGAGGUUGGUGGCUACUGGAGCUACAACCUCAUUGUAGGCCUUUCCCAUGCCCAGCUUUGGGCAGGCUGUUGACACCAGCAUUUCUAUUCCAGAUUAAAACAAAACCAACCAAAUUGAGUUUCUUAUGCCACAAGCUGGUUGCUGACCCAGCCAGUAAAGAAAAGGUGGCUUAAAUGCAUCAUAUCCAACAAUCCUUGCCUCAGGGCUGAACAUCAUAAUUCUCACCAACUUCCAUCACCCAGGAGCUGAGAUUCAUUCCUGUUAACUCAAUAUCCUCAGUCCCUCCCAACAACUCACUGCAGCUGGUGUGCAGAAAGAAUCUCCCGUCUCUCAGAGCAGACAGAAAACACCAAGACUUGAGCAAUGCCUGGUAUCAAGUGUACACCCAGAGUCAGGGACCUUAAAGGCAACCUGUAAAGAACAAGUGUUUGUUUCCUCUUUUGCUUCUUUAGAAUGUGUAGUAAGAGCUGCUGCUCCUCUCUUCUGGAAGGUUGAUUUCUUUUUCCUCUUCUCCUCAGGCAGCAAUACACCCUUUCCCCAUCCCAUAUUUUUUAAUAAUAAGCUCUAGAAAGGACUGAAGAACAUUGUGGGGGAACCAAGCCACACCACACAAACCAGAACUGUGCAGAGCUGAAGACAGUUCAGGCCUAUGAACCCAAAAUAUGCCUUUUAAUCAGUACUUGCACAGUUCAGGAAAAAAAUAUCAGUGGGUAAAAUUGUUCUUUACAUAGAAAAGAUCAUGGUUCUAAGAAGCCUUUUAUUCCUGUUUUCAUACUUAUCAAGAAUUUUUCAGUCAAAAUAGUAUCAAAUAUUUAAUGUUUUUAGACAAACAAGCCACCUUCCUUUCCCUUGCCAUACCCACACACAUUUUAGCCUGCCUUAUAACCCUUUCAGCUGCAGACUGCAAAGCACACUCGUAGGAUGGAAACAGCCCUCCCUCUUUCCUACCACUGAAAAAUCUGAAGCACAUUCAAGUAAGACCUCCACCAUAUAAAUUAGUGCCAGAAACAGGAACAGCACCCAACUUACAUCUUGAAUUCUUGCCUAAUGACUCAGUUUCUCCUGCUAAAAACAGCAUAAAGAAGCAAAAAAGGAUUAUUAUAAAUCUUUUACAGGUCACCUUUAGCACUACCUCUAAAUACAGUGACUGGGCAGAGUACAUGGUUUCUGAACUGGCUAAAGAUGGUCUGGCUGUAUCAAGUCUGGACUCAGCAGUUGUAUGAAGGGGACUUUAAGAGGAUUUGUUUGUUUUCUUUCUCAAGCUCUAGCCCAUGCAAAACUACUAAGUUAUAGAUUUGUUUCUUAAAUGGCCUAUUUGGCUGGAACAAAAUCUCUCUUGCUUCCUCUAUUUUGUUACUAACACAGGCUGCUUGUAAUCAUUAUAUCCUUCACAAUUUAAACAAUGAUAAUAAAAUCUGGCCCAUAGUGGAUGUUUCAUCUUUAGCAGGAAGGAGAGUUUUCCAAUGCUAGGAUAGUCCUCAAUGUUAACAAACCAAGCUGAUCUCUGGUAUAGAACAAAUGCAGGAAAACAACUGAUGUUUUCAGUAAAGGUAAGUCAAGGUAAUUCCUUAGAAAAGGGUGAAAUGUUUUCAUAUAUGCUAUCCUCCAAUCCCACUGAGACUCUUCCAGUGAAUUUCUUCAAAGAACUAAGUUUUACUUCCAUCUCCCUUGCCCCAGCCUCUUUUUUUUUCCUGGCAGCAAGACUAAAAGUAGUAAAUGUAGUGACUUACCGAGCUUCCUUAAUGUGAAAAACCAGCAGGUCUUGCAAAUAAAACUUUGCAGAACCAAGAAUGCAAUUACCAUGGGACUGAGUCCCAGGCAGCUGGAAAACCUGCCCACCAGAUCUCUAAUCAGUCUCUGAAAAUGCAUCAUCCUGCUCUGAUUAGAGACCUGGUACAACAGCAGUGAGUCCAACUGGGGAGUCUGGCUUCCCUAUAUAUUUGCAAGAGUUUGAAGAUCAAUCAGGUGAUGUGUACAAAUACCUAAUUUAUGGCAGGUCCACAUAAAGAAUGGUGGAAUAAAUUGCUGAAUUUACCAAAUUUAAGCCUCUCUGGAGUUAAAUUUCUGUUAUUGUUCUGAUAUCUACCAAGUAUUCUGUCUCCCUUUUCAGUGUUUGCCUUAAAGGGAGCAGAAGAUAGAAAGACUAUUAAUUGAGAUUUUGUGAAUCUUGGAACUAACAUUGCCUGGAACUACUAUUUCUCUGUAGGGUGAGGUGUCUUUUAGCAUAGUACAACUCCAACAUCAAGCUCAGUCCUGGAGUAGGUGGAAGCAACAGCAGUUGUUGCACUUGCCCAACAGGAUUUGAAGAUUCCUUGUAUAAAACACAGCAAGAGGAUGUUUUGAACAGGACCUUGACUUUCUAUACCUAACUCUAAUUCAACCUCAGUGUACUUGCCUUCAUUGGGUUUUCUUUGCAUAAGAAAAUAGCAUGUGCAUUCCUGAGAAAAUUGGUGGAAUUCUGCUAUAAAUCUCUCCAUCAUCAGUGUACCUGCUGGCCCCAUUUGAAACAAAAUUGAGACGGAGCUACAGUGGUAGAAGAAAAGCAAUUCAAACAAUUUCUCUGAAUCCUACUUUUUUUUCCAAUUGUUGGAUUGGUUUUAUUGCUGUAUGCAAGACUCAGAUCCUUUUUCGUAUUUUCCUCUGUUUGGUUUUUAGCUUAUUUACCCUUUUUUAGGUAAGGGAUAUUGCAUAUCCCUUCUGUGGAGUAUCAGCCAAAACUGGGGAGGCUGGAGAGAGCAAGAGCCUUUGGGAAACAAAUUAUGUGAUAUUUAAAAUUUCCUCUGGUCAUGCUUCUUUGUAAAUACCCCCAUUUGAAUGCUGUGUAUUUGUACAGGAAAUUGAGCAAAAAAUGUAUAGAUUGUGAUGUCUGACUGGUAUUCUGCCCUGUAAAUGUGUUUUUAACCUCUGGCAUUCUGUGCUUAUUUAAAAAAAAAAAAAAGGCAAAAACCUCUAACCACUUCUCUUUUGUGUAUUCAUGUUUAAAAUAAAAUGAAAACAGCUAUCUUAUCUAUAAUGGAAAUCAAAUUCAAAAGGAAAAAAUUAAUUUGUACAAGUGUCCUAAAGGUACUUCAUUGUAUAUAUUGUGAUAGCAUGUUUCCAGAACCAACAAAUAAGUGGUGUGAAUUUUAGAUGUAAAUAUCUGCCGUUUGUUUUGGGUUCCUUUCCCUUCCCCAUUCACUCGACUGCUGUGAUGUGGAAUUAAAGAUUAAUACCUGACAUUAAAACAGUA